CAGCCUGUUGGAUGUAUGCGUAUGAAUGCGUGACUGUGUGACUGUGUGUUGCCCUGUGUACAUUCGCUACGGGCGUUAUUGCAAGUGCUACUACCGAAUAUUUUCGCUCCAAUCUAACACUUCUUACCGAUUGUAUCGAAUCGUUCGACAGGGUGUGUUCUUCUUCAACAUCGUCCAGUGGACUCCGAUCAAGUACCUUGGCUAUUCGUAUCCGUUCUGGGCCCACGCCUUCGGUUGGUUUACCGCACUGUCGUCGAUGCUGUGCAUCCCCGGAUACAUGAUCUGGCUGUGGAGAAACACACCCGGCGAUCGUGCUAACAAAAUUCGGCUGAUCGUUCGAAUUGAGGACAGCGUAAGCCAGCUGCGGGAGAGAAUGCAGGCGGAUGCCGAGAAGGGCAUGGAGCUGUAAGAAGGAAGGAAUCGUACUAUCCUACUACUAUUACUAUCACCAUCGUGCCGGAACCAUCGAGUGCAGCUGGAUAACCGUAAUGAGCAGAUUUCCAUCGUAUCAUUCGCAAGGCGUCACUAGUGUCAUAUUAUAAGCUUCAAUUUAAAAAGAAACAUACACUCACACUCACACACACAUACAAGCAAUGCUUAGUAGCAAUGUCAAUCGAUGCACGCACUCAUACCUAGCCAAGCGCGCCUAUCGAAUACCGCCUUUUUGAUCUUCCGAUGGAUUGUUGAGUACAUUUCACCGUGCAAUGGUAUGGUAAACUGCAAACUCGUUUUUUUUUAUUACUAUUAUUAUAGAUAAGUUAGCAGUCGGAUAUAUUAUAUAGAAUUAUUCGAGAACGUAGGCUUAGUGCACGACUACAACACACCCGAACGGUAAAACCCCCGGUAAAUGCCGCGGUGGUUGCGAAAGUAAAACAAUACCGGUAUACCCAACAAGCGGGGGGGAUAGAGACGUGCGUUUAGCAACGCACGAUUAUCAUCGCAAAUAACUGCCGCUAAAAUAAAACAAAAAUUCACAAUUUCAAUAAACUAAAGGUAAAACGAACCCUGUAAGAAGCUAAAAUCAGGACGAAGGAUUGCAGGCCAAAAAAUAUCGAUGGGGACAUAUUUAUAAUACAGAAAGCGCAACGUCUGCUUAGCAUCGGUUAGCAAAUGUCGGAACAGAUCCAAAUAAUUCCGCUUAAGAAAUAUUCACACGAUUCAACUAUUUCUUUCCUGUAACGACUCACUCUUCCAUCCUCCAUUCUCCUAAAUAAAGAGUGAAUUUA